AAGAACAAUGCUCAAAAUACCAGGGUUUUGGUUUCGUUAUCUGGAAACGAGAAAGGGCAGAGAUAAGGAACCAGGGAGAGUGUCACAGAGUUUGGUUUUACCAAGCAAGCAGAAGGGGCUCUUCUAAGAGAGCCAGGGCCAGUUAGGCUUGCAGGUGGCUCUGAGAUCCUUUCCUUAGAGGAGUUAGGGGACCUGGACAGCGCGCUAAGCCUCCUAGAGGCGGAGGGACGCCUUGCGCGCAGUCCUACUAACAGGCAGGGUUGUUUCUGUUUUCAAAAACUUUCUGUAUGCGCUGGCAGCUUCUUUCAGUUCCAUCAAGAUCGCUGAGCUCCCUAGGGCGCUACUGUGACGGUAUUCCAAACUCUCGCUGCAAGAGGGCAAGAUGACGAUUAGGUUGGACAGAUGCUGACGACCAAGUUCUCGGUCGGGCUUCGGGCGGAGAAGCCAGAUGAGGUCUGAAUGCUGCAGCUCCAUGUUCCGGGCGAGCUCUUCAGACCUCCAGCUGGCCAUGUGGUGAGUUCAGAGACCUGAUCAGGGCGUACCACAGCCAUCAGAGAACUCCUGUCUGUUCUGAACUGAUUCACACCAGCUCCAAGCCUGGAAGGAUGGUGUCACAGUCAAUAGGCCGGCGGGAUUCUCCUGCGGACCUCUGGGAAGGGAUCAGUCAUGACACUGGCAGCUCACCCAGUAUCCUGGACACUGACCACCCUCCUUGCCAAGUAGACAUCAGGGUCACGAGGCACAAAGCUGCCUGGAUUAACCCCCUGUGUGCGCAGCAGCAAAUGCCGGAUUUACCCCUCCAGGUGCCAAAAGUGGGGACUAGGGGGAACCAUUUUGUGAUGGAUGCUGCCUGCCCCUUGGGCCCUUCACCAUCGUCUCUUGGGGGUCCCGUGGCAGAGACCUCAUUGUCUGAGAAUUCUGUGGCCUCCAAGGGUUCAGGCGAAAAGAACAGUCACUUCUUCACCUCCACAAAAGAGCCAGAGCUGUUCCCAGCACCUUCUCAGCGAGUGUCUCUGCUCAAAAGCCCUGAGAUUUUGGCCUCUUCCCCAUGUCCUGAAACUGACAGUGAUGUUUUUGAGUCUUCCCACUUGACUGCUUCUGCUGAUGAAGGUGCUGUUCAAAUAAGGAGAAGAGCCAUUUCUUUGAAUUCCGUCUUCCCAGAGGCAUUUGUAUUACCUGUUGACAUAGAAAAGGAGAAUGCCUACUUUCAUGUUGCCGAUAUGAUUAUAUCAGCUAUGGAGAAAAUGAAGUGUGACAUUGUGAGUCAACAGCAGGCAGAGAGCUGGAGCAUACAAGAAGCCAGUGGGUCCCUUGGGAGUGACCAAGUCGACUCUGAAAUGACCAUUUAUACCAACCCAAAGCAAGAAUCUGGGUCUUCCACUUCCUCUGACAGUGGCUAUGAAGGUUGUGCUGUGUUACAGGUCAACCCGAAGGUCGAGACACCUUCUCACUAUAAUGUGGUGCAAGAGGCCUGCAGAUGCAACCUUGAUGAGUUUGUUAUUGUAGAAGUUGGAGAGUUUAAUGAUAUCAGAGAAACUUGUAGCUGUUCCUACAGGUCCUGUAAGAGUGUUUCUCAUGAGGCAGACUUCAAUUCUCCCGAGUUGUUAGCCAAAGAGUUGUACCAAGUAUUCCAGAAGUGCUGGGUAUCGUCAGCAGUUAAGUAUCAGCUGGCAGAUUCCCUGAAUGCAAGUGAUUCAGGAGUUGCAAAUGAAGAAAAUGUCCGAAAAGACUUUGAAUCCAGUGUGGAUAUAGUACAGGACAUUCAAUUUAAGUCUAGGAUCAGAGGGACUGAAGACUGGGCUCCCCCUAGAUUUCAGAUCAUACUUGAUCUUCAUCCACCACUCAAGAGGGAGCUGGUGGUAGUGGCCCAGAAUUUUCUCUGUGCUGGCUGUGGAACUCCAGUAGAGCCUAAGUUUGUGAAGCGGCUCCGGUACUGUGAAUAUCUGGGGAAGUAUUUCUGUGACUGCUGCUACUCGUAUGCAGAGUCCUGCAUCCCUGCACGGAUCCUGAUGAUGUGGGACUUCAGGAAGUACCACGUCAGCAAUUUCUCCAAAAAGCUCCUGGAUAGCAUAUGGCACCAACCCAUAUUCAAUCUGCUGAGCAUCGGCCAGAACCUCUAUGCGAAAGUCAAGGAACUGGACAGGGUAAAGGACAUCCAGGAGCAGCUUUUUCAUAUCAAGAAGCUAUUGAAGACCUGCAGGUUUGCUGCCAGUGCAUUAAAGGAGUUUGAGCAGGUUCCCAGACACUUGACUGAAGUCCUCCACGUGUUCUCCCUGGAGGACCUCCUCAGGACCAAGAGAGGGCUGCUGGCACCCUUACUCAAGGACAUUCUGAAAGCAGCCCUUGCACAUGUGGCCAGCUGUGAGCUCUGUCAGGGAAAGGGCUUCAUUUGUGAAUUUUGCCGGAGUGCAACUGUCAUCUUCCCAUUUCAGACGGCAACUUGUAGAAGAUGUUCAGCAUGCAGGGCUUGCUUUCACAAACAGUGCUUCCAGUCAUCCCGGUGCCCUCGGUGUGCAAGGAUCACUACUUGGCGGAGACUUUUGGAAAGUUUGCCCUCUGCAGCAACGUGAUGCCCCUUGAGUAUUGUCAACCGUCGUUCAACAUGCCUUAUGAUAAAAUGCAUUUGUGUGUAUUAUUGUCACUUUGUUUUUGGUAUCAGGAAUUGUAUAUUUAUGAAAAAAUAUGGCCCAGAUUUCUCUUUAUUAUAUACAUAUAUGUACAUAUUUAAAAUUUUUAAAAUGCAUAAUUUUUGUUAUUAAGUAUAUUGUUACUAAUACGUGUUUACACAUGGUAACAUACUAGUGUACACAUGUGUGACAUUUUUGCUGCUACUAGGGUUAUUUAAGAGUUUUUAAAGGGCAUUUCUUAAAUUGUAUUGUAAUAGUUGUAUUUAGUUAAUCUUGGAGCCUUUUAUAAAUUGUAACUGACAAAAUGAAUUAGUUCCUCUUCCUUUAAAGCUUGUUUGGUGAAACUGGUUCUUUCAGUGAACAGAAAUAAAACCUGAAAUCUGUCUGCUCCA